CCACCCCAUCACAGGCCACAAGCCAGUCAUCUCGCUAGCUUGGCUGCGUACUCGGUCAGUGAUGGCGUCCAAGCAGAUGCUUGUCGCCGUGUUCGCCGUGGCCUUCCUCCUGGGGCUCGCCGUCGCCACGGAGCACUUGGUCGGCGACGACAAGGGCUGGACCCUCAACUUCAACUACACGGCCUGGACCGAGACAAAGCAGUUCGUCGUCGGGGACACGCUAGUUUUCAAGUACGGGAGCCCCGCCCACAAUCUGGUGGAGGUGGGCGGUCCAGACUUCGCCGCGUGCACCCAGACGGCCGGCGCCGUCGUUAGGACCUCCGGCGAGGACCGUCUCGCGCUCGACACGGCUGGACGCCGGUGGUUCUUCUGCGGCGUCGGCCCGCACUGCAAGAGCGGCAUGAAGCUCAAGAUCACCGUCCUCGACACCGCCGCGCCGACUCCCCAGCCUGCCCCGACCAACCCUGCUGGCAAGCUGCAGGCGCGCAUUGGUGAGACGGCGGCCGCGGUCACCGUGCUCGCCGCGGCCAUGCUCGUGCUCUAGGCUCCCACAAGAGGACCUUCUACGUAUUGUUGCUAUACGAACCGUUGUGAAUUUGAGCCCUUGAAUUGUUCAUAGGUUAAAGAUUAAUUUCAUUUGUUUUUUUAGAAGAAUUUCAUUUGUUUAUUAGCGAAGCUAUCUUUCCUUGCAGUGCAUUGGUGAAGUUAUA